AUGGCGUCUCCAGUACCCCUGAAUCAGUUCUCUCUCUUCCAUGCAAUCGGCAACACUCCUGCUGUCUGCUUGACACAGGAUAUCCCUGGUGACGAUCCUGCACGUCUGCUGUUGCUUGGAUGCGGAGAUGCUAGAAAUAUCCUCUUCACUAGCUUUAUGAAUAGUUCAUCAAAACCUCGCCCGCUGGAUUAUACUUGCUGUGAUAUCCAACCUGCAGUUAUUGCCCGAAAUGUUCUUCUCCUUACUCUCGUCGUGGAUACCAAUGAAGGCGCGGAUACCUCAAUGCUGUGGAAUAUUUACUAUCAUUUGUUCAUCGAUGAUAAGUCGCACAACCUUCUUGAAUCCCAAGUCAAGAAGCUACAUCGUUUCUCAAGCUCUCUCAAAUAUUGGCACAAAAGUGAGUAUGGGCGGUUUCUGAGAUUCUGCGACUCAAAGACUCUUGCUCUUGUGAGAGACAUCUGGCAUUCAUAUAUAUCUGUCCGGGACAAAGCCGACUACCUUGCUAGUUUCCGUAAGGCAAUCCAAGCUUGUCUUGAUGUCAAAGUUGCAACCGCGGGAAGCGGGAUAGACUUGGGUGGAGCCCGCGCUGCUGCCCCCAAUGCAAUUCAAGCCCUUAAAGAUCUCCCCGGUUUGCACUCGCGCUACUGGAAGAAUGGGAGCACUUCCAAUGAUCCCAAAGCUCUAAAUGUGCACCCGAACCCAACACUGGCACCCUUGGAAAAUGACAACGCUCUGCUCCAUUCCGGCACGGAUCCACUACUUGGGUUCCACCUAGUAACCGCCUACACACCAGUGGAUGCAGGAUCCCAUUUUUACCGCAAGGAGGUGGCUUUUGCUCAUGCUCAAAACGCAGUUGAAUCAGCUCGUCUUCAAUUCAAUAUCUGGUGUCAAUCAUUAAAACGUGAUCACAAAUCCGUGACCGUGCGCUUCUUCGCUGGUGAUGCCCUUGCCUUUUGUCACACCUUGCAGCAUCUUGACACCACUAGAGAAACUUCUGCGAAGUGGUUCCGCACGUCCUAUGGUUUUGAUACUGUCUCCCUAGAUGGGGAGGAUUACGCGCUCGAAGAUGGUGUGGCUCCUUUAGCCUUCGACGUUAUUGACACCUCCAACCUUAUUGAUUUUCUUGGUGGUAUCAACGUCUUCAUUGCCGCUGGCCCAUUGCUGUACGAGAAAGAAUCAUCCACGAUCUAUGCUGAGUCCUUUGCCAAGUACGUACCCGAAGUAGACGUACUAUUGAAUGACCUUUUUGCCGGACAUUUUCCGACGGUGUCAAUACUACUUGGUGUUUUCCCUGUCCAAUACUGGACAAAUUCCUCAGCCGUCGCAAAUGCUGAGGAGCAGUUGAUGCAUGAUUUCCGCAAAUGUUCCAUGGGGGAUGGCGUCAAUACGCGGAAUGUGUACAACAGAACAUUGUGGAAAUAUCAAUGGCCCUACUGGUCACAUUCGCCAGGAAGUAGCUGUUCCUCACUUAUCAAGUUCGAUCCGGACAGCUUAGCAGUUGUUCUGUUCGGGAUCUACAUGAACAUGUUCAUGAACGAAGACGUGAAGUUUGUCUUGGCCCAUCCAAGUUGUGAAAUGAUUCGUUACCACCGUGGGAGUUUCGUCCGGUUUCUAGCAUUUGUUAAAGGGCGCGUAAUGGUUGACUGGAAUAAGGCCAUCUCGGCCUUGAUCACACUGAUUGAAGCAGAUAAGGCUCUUGGAGUCGGGCAGAAUUUCCUCCACGAACUUUAUACUCAACUCCAUAUUCUUGAUGUAUAUUCUGAUCCCUUGUUUACCAAAGAAUUCAAGUACGAUCGAAGCUCCCAUGAUUUCCGUGCUUGGAAGAAAAUGCCUUACUUGGUGUCUAUCACGGUUAAAGUUCCAAGGGCAAAGCUCUCGGUUUUCACCAAGACGCGUUGCGGUAAACUAGCAAAGCCAUAUAUCAACGGAUUUGUUCAGUCAAAGCAGAUGGGCCUGGGCCAGCACAGUCUGUUCGCAGUUGUGCAACUUGGAUUUGGGCAAGCCAUUUGCUCCGGGCCGCGGAAUAGCGAUCAUUUUGCCGUAACUAUUGCUAAGGAUCACAGUGGCUGGAAAGGGAAGAGUCCUCUUAUCAUCUCUUUCGUCGUCCCCUCAGCGCUACUACUCGCGCAGCCAGAGAGCACGACAGUUGGGAUGUCGCUUUAUCACACACCUGGUAUCUCCUCGAUGUUUGAGGACGCAUUGGGGACUGAACUAGUUGUCUUUUCCAGUGACCUUGGAAACCAAUCCUCUGUAUAUAUUUCAAAGCACCGCCCAAAUCACGCCGGCAUGCCGUGCCCACCCCAACUGUGGAGCAACAGAGUAUACCCUGCGAAAAUGCACGCAAGUUCCUAUCAUGUCACACUAACGGCUGAUAUCGAUAAGAAAAAGAGAAUAAUUGAUCGCUUCACCGCUCGUAUCGAUUUUCUCUCCAAAGAAGCAAAAGCAAUCCUGACGCGCCAGAAUAAGAUCGUGGUUAGCCAACCUUCGCCCUGCUCCCUACGUGUACCUGUAGAAGGACAGGCUUGGGAGAUUGUGAUUACUUUUCCAGCUCCGGUCCUCAAACCGAACAAGAAAAACACGAUCCGAGUUGCUAGAAAAUCAUCUUAUGUGGAGAUAAUUGCACACAGGGCCGAAAAACCCGACCGCCAGGGCUACUCAGAUUACAUGUUCCCAGUCUUCUUGUCCGGAGGAGAACCUUUGGCUUGGAACAUUCCAUACCUUAAUCCAAACCGACUACCUAUUUUGGAUACCAACCGUAUGGAAGACUUUGGUUGGCUGAUUACGCAUGUUUCGACGAUGUUUUCCGGCAAGGAGUGUGAAGUACGCAGUAAUCUGGAUAACACUCGUCCAAAGCCCGAUCAAGACAGCAGAUUAUGCUUCAAAGACACCUUGUUUGCCAUGCACAUGUCGUUCGCUAGGGUUAAGGGAGAGAAGUGCAAGGUAUUUGGAAUAAGCUGCGGGGAUAUUGGACUGCAUAUACUAUUUUUGCGCUCCUCCGUUCGCAUGGACAUAUCCAACCACACCCUAGCUCUUGACGUUGCAAUUGUCCCGCUACGGUUGGAUAUGGAAAAGCCAAUACGUGAUUUCAUCGCGAAGCUAGACAUGGACGAAUUGAUCACCAUGCUCGUUGAAGAGGAUGAGUUGAGAUUAUGGAAAAAGCUCCUGCCUGCGUUUGUCGAGCGCUGCAGGGAGUGGAAGCACAAGCCUACCUGCGAGUAUAAGGCCAAGUCUCGAAUCCCGCUCUCCGUCGAAUUGCACCAGCCGGUACUCUGCUCGUGCGGGAACGGGAUCUUCCCGCCAAAUUUCGUUGGCGACUUUCCGAAGUGGGAAACUGUGUCCAAGCAUGCUAUCCGCGGUUUGAUACCGCUUUUGUUCACUCUGCCGUAUCUUGACACCAAGGAUGCGCUGGGCAAGGAGAAGAAGGCGGGACAGAAUCAGUGUGAGGCGUGUGGUGCUGGGAAAUCUGUACAUGGGCGGGCGUUGUUGUCAUGCUCGCAAUGCCAUUUGGUGAGGUAUUGCUCGUCAAAGUGUCAGCGCAUACACUGGAAGGCCCAUAGGAAGACUUGCUUGGGGAAAGGGACUGCGGGUCCUAAUUGUUAAAUGAUGUGAUGUGAGCGGGGAGAUAGGUUGAUGGAAUGGGGUCAUGGAUUUAAUAUCUGCGCAAAAGGGAGGCAGAAAAAGUUCUGCGUUUUUAACUAAUUGCGGGUAGAAUAUAAAAACAGUUGUCUUCUGA